CCUGCUCUGCAUGAGAACAACUCUGACACCGCGCUUGGACGUUUCAUCUGCCCGCUUUUCGGGCAGAUAAGAGGAGAUGCGAUCACAGGCACGUCCAGAGGAGCCAGCAAAAUUUGAUGCGUGCGAUAGAAGGAGGGGUCCUUUCAUCGGUACUGGGUACCUACUGAGCUCACGAAGCACAUGAAAGCCGUCAAAUAAACGAGAAAUACUUGAGAGAUUGUCUGCGAGAACGCUUCGAACGACAGUAUGGACCAGGGUUGUAAUAGCAGCGAAUGCCUAGCAAUCUGACUCACGAGACGAGACCUGGAAGUGGUUACCUUCCUGUUUCCUGUUUCCUGUCAACACAAAUGCAAACAUUUUGACUGGGUAGAAGAGUGUGACUUCAGAACUCAUCGACUGCAGCAUUCUCGACUUUGGAAUCUCAUCUGUGCAGAAAGCAGUCAGCCAGAAAUGGCGGCACGCAAAUCCAGCACAGUCUUACCGCCAGAGCUGCCGCUCAGCCCUACUCAGCAGCGAUUCCCAGUAGCCUUCAACCAACAAACGACGAGCUACGAGUUCGCAUCGGGCCAUGAGAAUACCAAGCAAGGCUUGAGUCCCGAUCCCGAGUGCAACCCCAAAGAUGAAUUCCACCCGCAAUCACCCGUCGAUUCUUCUAUACUCGACUCCAGCACAAUCAGCUGGCACACGGCACGCGAGCAAAGCGAAGAAAUCGAACCUCUCAGUCCCAAAACGCCUCCAAAGUUUGACCUCCAGUACCAAAAACCCUCAACUUCCGCCAAAGACACUCAAGCCUGCAAGCGAGCACGGAACUUCGCUACGCAGCAGUCGGAACAGGUCGCAGAGAAGCGGCGGCGUCGCACACCUGUGAGAGCAGAUACGAGUCCAACCAAGCCAGGACUACCUCGUGAGCCGGAGCUUUGGGGGAGCCCUCCGCCGUAUUUUGGUUUGCCUUCUUCUUCUGAGACGGAGCAGGAAUGUGAAGCACGCGGGCGUGCGAGGAAAUCUCCACGGCAUGAAGCGCCGGGAAGAAGUGAUGCAAUGGCAAUGGAGACUGAUUGAAUCAUGAAGAAAUCCCAAGGUCAAGGGGCUUGAGAAACGCGAAUUCGGGAUUGUGUCUUUGUCGGUCAUUUGGCUAUAUUACUAUGGCUUCACGUAGCGUUCGAAGGGAGGGAUUCUGCAGAGAUGUGCCUCUUG